AUGCCUGAGCAGGAAGACGGGAACAAAGGAGUGACAAUAGUGGGCGGAGGUCUGGUGGGUUCAUUGCUGGCCGUCUCCCUCGGGCAGCGCGGGCUCCGCGUCCACCUCCACGAGUCGCGAAGCGACAUCCGCCGUGCCGCAGGAGUCAGCGGCGGGCGGAGCAUCAACCUGGCGCUCAGUCGUCGCGGCAGGGAGGCCCUGAGAGCAGUGGGUCUGGAGGACGAGGUGCUCUCAACGGCCAUUCCCAUGCGAGCUCGAAUGAUCCACCCACUGAGCGGGAACCAGUACUCUAUUCCCUACGGGACCAAACGAGACGACUGCAUCUAUUCUGUGAACAGACGAGCCCUCAACGAGCUACUCCUGACCAAGGCAGAGGAGAGCCCUAACAUUUCCAUUCAUUUCGAGAGCCGACUCCUACAGGCUGACCUCGAAACGAACACACUGGUUUUUAGCGAUGGAGCCACGGGAAAGAAGACGGUUCAGACCGAGUUUGUUUUCGGGUGCGAUGGAGCCCACUCGACAGUUCGUAGACAGAUGAUGAGGUGGGGCCGACUCAAUUAUCAGCAGGAGUACAUCCAGCACGGCUACAGGGAACUCACCAUGCCUCCAACUCCCAGCGGGGACUUUGCCAUGGAACCAAACUUCCUCCACAUCUGGCCACAUCACAAGUUCAUGAUGAUCGCUCUUCCCAAUCACGACAAGUCGUUCACCCUCACCCUCCUCAUGCCUUGCAGCGUGUUUGAGUCGAUUCGAAAUGAAUAUAGCCUACUCGCGUUCUUUCAGGCCCAUUUUCCCCAUAGCAUCAAUAAGAUUGGAGUCGAGCAUCUCUAUAAAGACUACUUUGCUAACCCGCAGGGAAAGAUGAUAUCAGUCAAGUGCUCCCCACACUUCAUGGCUGGAAACACUCUCAUUCUUGGGGAUGCAGCACAUGCCGUCGUACCAUUCUACGGGCAGGGGAUGAAUGCCGGUUUCGAAGACUGUCUCGUAUUGACAGAGUGCCUGACAGAGAGUGGAGGAGAGCUGGCAGCAGCAGCUCAGUUGUACCAGGACAACCACUGGAGUGACACACACACCAUCUGCGACCUCUCCAUGUACAACUACAUCGAGAUGCGCUCCCACGUCACCUCGCCCCUGUUCUUAAUCAGGAAAAGGAUUGACAAUGCCCUCCACUAUCUCUUCCCGUCUCUCUUUAUCCCUCUCUAUUCAAUGGUGGCCUUCACACGUAUCCCCUACCGUCGUGUGGUGGAGAGACACAACGUUCAACAGACGGUCAUCAGACGAGGGCUGUGGGGCCUGUCCCUUGCCUCUCUGGGGCUACUGGGCUACCUGAUCUUCAAGUUUUCUGGAAUGGAAGUUGCACUUCGUCACCGCAUUCUUCCCUGCGUCUUCAAAUGUGUUGUUAAUAACUACCUCCGACACUAG